GGAAUCCUUGGACAAUAAUGCUGUCGAGGUUACUGACAACGUUCCUGUGCGCUUCCUUCGCGUGGUCAGUGCUUAUCGAUGACCAGCCGUACUGCGCAGUCAGGUACCGAAGACUAUGUCAAGGGAAGGGUCGCCACGUCGCCUGUCAGUUUCCCGUCCCGGGACCUGGCACGUCAUGUCGAAACUACACACAAAUUAGAUUUACAAGUGAGCUGAAGCAUUUCAUUGUACACUAUAUCAACAGACGUCGACAAAGAAUAGCUUCCGGUAACGAGAGAGUACGUGGCGGAGCACACCUGCCCAGACCGGAAGUUAUGAUGAUGGUGGCCUGGGAUCGUGAAUUAGCUCUCCUGGCACAAAGGUUGGCAGAUCAGUGUCAUUUUGUGCAUGACGAUUGUCGUGCGACAGUACGGUACCCAUACGCGGGACAGACGGUAGGCGAGGUGCGUUGGCGACGCUCCAGCGAGUCGGACGAGCUGAGCGCACAGCGAGCGAUACGACGGGUAUUUGACGCCUGGUGGGGUGAAAGGAGACGCGUACAACCCAAACAACUUACAAUGCCCUUCAGACUUACUGCGAAGGGAACAGUGUGGGGUCACUUCAGUCAAAUCGCGGUGUGGACGCUGCAGGCGGUAGGCUGCGGCGCGGUACGACACGGCGCGGAACACCCACGGCUUCUGCUUGUUUGCGACUUCUCACACACCAACAUGCUCGGCCAGCGCACACUGACUCCCGGCCCUAUGGCGCCCUGCCCCAUGCAUACCGCACGAAGAUCGAGGUCACCGUAUCCAUUGCUUUGUGGACCGGUGCGUCAUCAUCUAGCCGAGCCUGAUGACCCUGGGGACAAAAACGACGACGCUCAGUACGACGACAUGGAGAAAGACGACCCUGACGUGUACGACGAGGGAAUGACGACUACCAAGGAAAGACGGACUUCACAGAGGCCGUUGCCAGCGCCCAGGUUAGAGAAGAAACACCGCCCAGAUCAGUAUGAGAGGCUGAUUGAUAAGGAGGACUUUAGUUUGGAUCCAGAUGAAGAAAGUCCUAUACAAGCUUUUAAAGCUCCAGAGAAGGUGACAACAACGAUUGUCGAAAAAUUACAGCGCGAACUAGUAGACAACAAGAAAGAAAAGGUGACGUUAAACAAAAUGUUUGACUGGCGAUCACGUUCAACUACACCAGUGAAUUUCCCUAACGAGAGCUGGGAGAAUGGUGAAGAAAUGACGACUGCGAAGAUUAGAAGAAUGAAAUCAAACCCUGAAGAGGAAGUGGUCAAUGACGACCUUUACCAUGCGACUCGGAUAGAGGACACUACAACGCCUGAAAUGACUGAAAGACAACGAUGGAAGCCGACAAGAGAACGUCCGCAAAGGCCUGGAGCGAAUGCACUGCUGAGCAAAGUACCCGAAAAGGCGAUGAAACCAACAGCGUCCUCACUAAAGUUGGACAGCGAAGAUCAAGAUCAGUUGUUCCGCGACACAGGAUUCAAUGCCCAGUGGAGACAGGACUCGAAGAAAACAUAA